UUUUCCGUCAUUCGUCACUCAACCACCGCGAUUAAAUUCCUCAACUCACGCUUUACUUAACAAUCUUGCUUCCUCAAUGGCCCCAAAAGCAGAGAAGAAGCCGGCGGAGAAGAAGCCAGCGGAGGAGAAAAAGACCACCGUCGCCGAGAAAGCUCCAGCGGAGAAGAAGCCAAAGGCCGGCAAGAAGCUUCCCAAGGAAAGCGGUGCUACCGGAGACAAGAAAAAGAAGAAAGCCAAGAAGAGUGUGGAGACUUACAAGAUCUACAUCUUCAAGGUCCUCAAACAAGUCCACCCUGAUAUCGGGAUCUCUAGUAAAGCCAUGGGGAUCAUGAACAGUUUCAUCAACGACAUCUUCGAGAAGCUUGCUCAAGAGGCUUCGAGGCUCGCGAGGUACAACAAGAAGCCCACUAUCACCUCCAGGGAAAUCCAGACCGCCGUUAGGCUUGUUUUGCCCGGAGAACUUGCGAAGCACGCCGUCUCUGAGGGUACCAAGGCGGUGACUAAGUUUACUAGCUCUUGAGAUUAGGGUUUCUUUAUCUCGAGGAUUUGGGAUUUUGUAUGUUGAAUUUCCUUUUGAUGAAUGUAAGUACUUGUUACUAAUGGAUUUAAAAUUUGAGCUA